AUGCGUAUAAUGCCCAAUCUUGUCCAGGCAUUUGUGUCGACCUCAUUGCUUUCCAGUGUCUGUUGGGGCUUUGACAACCUGGCGCAGGAGGUUUUAGACAUCCAAACUACGCCUCAACGUCCAAUCUAUCUCAUCGCUCAUCGAGUCUUGCACACAACAGCAAUCCCAAUCGCUCUCCGCGAUGGUGCAAAUGCAUUUGAAAUGGACGUGGCACCCUAUAACGGGAAGCUGUAUGCGUACCAUGAUGAUAUCGUGCCUAGCGAUAAGCCAGGCCAUACGGUAGACGCAAUGUUGGAUACUUUUGUGGAGCAUGCCAACCAGACCAACUUUGUCUGGUUUGACAUCAAAAAGCCAAAGACAUGGGCGAGCAAAGGGACCUCCAUUGAACAGCUUCAAAAGAUGGUCCAAGAGAAAUUGGAGCCCGCCGGGAUCCGAGCUCUGUAUGGCUUCAGCAUGAAAGACACAGGUCUGAAGGACUUCGACAAGCUAGCCAUAUCCUUGAGUGGGAACGAGGCAAUCAGCAUCAACGGCCGGAAUAGGGCUGUAGGGCGAACCUUUGACAGCGUCAGCUCUGACAAACUCUCUGUGAAACAGAAGGUGAUGGACUAUGGGAUUUCGUUCCUCGGUUGGCCGUACGUGAUGGACUGCCGUGGGCCAAGGGAUAAAGAGGACGUGAUCUAUCCGACUGGUGUCUGCUACGAAUUGUACCAAGGCGCGAAGUUGCUGCGCGAUCGACAGCCUCGAAAGCCCAAGGUGGGAAUGACUUUCGGCUGGACCAUCCGGGCCAACGACAAAGGAACCGAUCGUGUGGACAAACUCCUGGGAUUUGCAAAGGCCAAUGGCUUGAUCUAUGGCGAGGCGACCCAUGAUUAUCGAGAUCAUCCAGACAUCCGCGUUGCAAUUGGACUGAUUCAAAGUUGGCUGGAUCAGCACUCCGAGACGCACCGCCGUGCCACAAAAUCCGAUGUUCCUUGGUGA